UUGAGCUCGCUUCGCCGCCAACUUGAACGCCUACAACGCUUUAUGGCGACGACGACGACGACGACGACGUUGACUGCGACAUCGACAGCGACUUCAACCUGAAAUCGAUUCGGUUUUUGUGUUCUUGUUCAACAGUCGCCGUCGGAUAUCGCAGUUGAUCGGUCACGCCACGAUGCUCAAUGGAAAGUUCUACACAGGGCUGCCGCCCAAAAUGGUGGAGCGUCAGAGUGGCAACGGUAUGAAUCGCCAGGAGUCGCAUUUCUUUUGGCCCGACGACACGCGUGUCGACAGCGCCGUGGAGACGCGUGUCAAGCGUCGAGGCAGUCUCGAAGCUGGCCCAGCUCCACUCCAAACACAGCGACAAUCCGACAAUCCAGAUGUGAACACACGCCAAAUGUUUCACAAGGAGUUUGCCAAGUCAUCGAUACAGUUCUACGACAACUUGCAACCGAACAGCGGCAGCAAUCAAACGCGUUUGCAGCGCAUGCGUCGCGAGGUGACGCCAAAGCUGACGGAUGUGGAGCCAGACAAACGUCAGUUGCUGCCACAUAAGAACGUGGAGCAGGAGGAUCCGAGUGCAGCACGACGCAAGCAAGCCUACAGCUCGAAGAUACAGUUCUACGAUUACGUCAACGUCAACGAAGGCGACGCCAUGCCAAACAACAACAGACGUCCCAAAAUGGACAUGAACAACAAGCGUGAAGUGGAGCUCAACUCGAAGAACAGUCCCAAGCUGCAGGUGAAGCAUAAUAUGCGGCAUCUGAGCGUGGAGCGUGAACAGCAGCUGCCACGCAUGGUCACCAAGAAGCCCCUGAAUGAUGGACCAAACUGGGAGCGAGAGCAAUAUGUGGAGCAAUCGAUGAGACGAGCUCCGGUGAUGCUGCCCAAGAAAAUACUGAAGCAACAGCGUCAGCAGCAGCCUUGGAUUGAGGAUUACGAGGAGGACUACAUAGACAAUGGCAUGCGGCAGCUGCAAUUGCGCAGUCCGGCGCCGUUGAAGAAGCAUGUUACCUACAACGAGGAGGCCGACGAGUAUGCCUACUAUGAUGAGGCAGCCACCGAGGGCCGACAGCUGAGGCAGUCGCUGUCUCAGCCAAAUAUGCGCACAGGAAGUGGCCGACAGCAGCAACAGCAGCGCGGUCCAUAUGUGGAAACUGGUCGCGAUACAAAAUCAUUAAACAACUAUAAUCAAAAGAGUCAUAAUAAUUAUAAAAACAAUAGCAACAACAACAACGAUUACAACAACGAGCUAAGCUUGCGCUCGCCACGGAAAAUGUUGCCAAAAUUGCCAGAGCUGGAAACAUCAGCGACUAGAACAACACAGCGAAGUCGCCGCUUUGAUGACACACUGCCAACAACAACAUCAGCAGCAGCAACAACAGUUGCCCCCGCAGAGGUGUCAAUGCUGGAGCAGCUGCCAUCUCCCUCUGACCCACGCAAGCACCUGCGCAGCAGCCUCUGCUUCAACGGCGACGCUUUGGUUGUCGAUGUGGGUGCCGCAGCGCCGUCGACGUCGGCAGUGGCGUUGGCGCGUCGCAGCUCUGCUGGGCAACGCGUCAGCGUCGGGCUGCCAGACUGAAGUCGUUAUUUGUGCUUUGUUUAUUUGUUAUUUGAUAUUUUUCCAAGUGUAACUGUGUGUGUUUGUUGAUUGAAUGCAACUCAAUGCUGAGCUGCUGCUGUCGUGCAAGCUUAAUUGAAUGCGUCAACCUGCCGCAGCGACUGCGACUGCGACGUCAACAGCAACAUCAUCAACAUCAUCUACAACGACUUCACCCACAAUCGCACAGCCAAAUCGAUGGCAUAUAAAUAAUUUAAGCAGCAUGCUAAUGAUCUUGCCUAAUAUGCCAGGCAAACAAAAAAAAAAAAAGAUUAUGAUAAUCACACAUUGUUGUUUGCCAGCCAAAAUGUAUUAAUUUAGUUUCAUAAUUGAGCUAAAAACAAACGAACUAACUUAGAAUACACAUAACUAUCUGUAUGCUAAGCAUUUAUUGUGCACAACUAAACUAAUAAAUAAAAUGUGUAUCUGUAAAAA